CAAUAUUGAGGCUAUAUGGCUGGUAUGCCGUGGUAAGAUGGUAUGCCAUUUCGUGUAACUGCGUAUAACGAGUGUGUCAAAUCCGUGAGCAACGCAAGAAGAGUAAUCGCGUCUUAUACGCGACUUUAAGUGAAUUUCAUGUACUGGUGAGUAAUCGCGACAUUCGCAAUUACAAACAAUACUUAGCUACUUGAUGAAACAAUUCAAAAUAUUUUACGGUUUUUCUUUGCUUGAACAAUGGAGGAGAAAUUGAGGGUAGAGCGACUCAUAACCAAAACAAGAUCUUAUCUAUGUGAAAGAAAAACGGUUAAACACUCAGUAUAGAAGCUUUUCGUUGAUUUUUCCAAAUUACCGUAUUUUCUGCAUAUUUCAAGACACAGAAAUUGUUCACAAAACGUUAGCUUUCUCCAUUGUGACGUUAAGUUUGUGUCGCGAUUAUACAAGAAUUUUAGGCAUGCAAAAAUAUUACGUUAUACUGUUAAGUGUGGUGGUAAAUUCUAAUAAUGCCUAAGGAAAAUUGAACGCUACUUUGUUUCAUGAUUUUCUUGUUCACACUUGAACAAGAAAAAUCAUUCUUCGCAUUCUUUUUUGUUACACAUGAGGCACAAUGCAUAGUGUAUAGAUAAUACAUUCUAGUGCUUGUACAGAUAUAUGCAGAUAUACAUAAAUAUAAUAUUAUAUAGAUAAAUACAUAAAUAAAAAUACAAAUCAGGACUAAAUCCUGUGUGAUAAAGUCCCAUAUGUUCAAAAUCGUACACAUGAAAUCCCACAAGGUUAAAAUCCCACAUGGUACAAAAUCCCAAAUUUAAAAUCUUUUGUAUGGAUGAAACUAUGAAAAAUGUAUAAUAUAAUUGUAACAUAAUUGUAUUCAUCCUCAUAGGUUUUUAACUCGCACGCAGAGCGAUGUCCACUCCUUUUGCUUUGAACAAUGUCCAUAAUUGAGGAUUUUUAGGGAAAGUAAGUAUAUUGCACUAGGGCAUUCUUCAUAGUUCCAUCAAUACAAAGGAUUUUGAAUUUGUGGGAUUUCAUAUCAUGCGGGAUUCUGAUGAUGUGGGAUUUCGUAACAUGCAGGAUUUUGACUGUACGGGAUUUUGACUAUGCGGGAUUUUGUAUCAUGCGGGAUUUUGACUACACGGGAUUUUAUACCAUGCAGGAUUUUGACUUUGCGGGAUUUCGUGUGGGAGAUGUUGUCACACGGGAUUUAGUACUAGACCCCAAAAAUAUGUACCUAUGUACAUACUUUUGUACAUACUACAUACUACAUACACACAUAAAUUGCAAUAUGAGAAACUGAUUCUAUUUUAUUUUUAUUUCAGAUUAUACGAGACUCUCUUCUAACUUGAGCUCCAUCAUGUUUGGGCAAACUGGAAAUACAUCAUUCAGCGGAUUUAACACGGCAACGCAAAACAGUCCGUUUGGCCAAUCCGCCUUUGGUAAACCCAUUACUACAACAAGUUUCGGUAGUGGCGCAACACCUGUUUUUGGUAGUAGCAAUACUUCAUCACUCUUUAGUUCUAAGCCUACAGGUUCUACCACAGGUGGCUUGUUUGGCAAUACCACAACGCCACCGGCAUUUAGACAGCCAACUAAUACUCAACCAUCCUUUGGAGGUUUCGGGACAACAAAUACAAGUACCAAUCUCUUCGGCAGCCAACAGAAUGCGAGCACGAAUCUUUUCGGCACAAGUACGGGAACUUCUGCCUUUGGCCAAGCAAAUAAGCCCGCUGGUUUCAGCUUUGGCACUACGACUGGAACUAAUUUGUUCGGACAACCGCAACAAAAUGCACAGCAAACUACUCCCUUCGGUCAAGCGAGUACUACCACCAGUACAAAUCUCUUUGGUACAAGCACAGGUUUUGGCAGUACUACUACUACUACUGUACCAACUGGCACCGUGGUAAAAUUCACCCCUGUCAUAACGACUGAUUCUAUGUCGAAAAAUGGAAUAUCACAUAGCAUUUCUGCACGUCACUGUUGCAUCGCGUCUAUGAAGGAGUAUGAAUCAAAGUCGUACGAGGAGCUGCGUUUUGAAGAUUAUCAGGUUGGAAGGAAAGGUCCGCAAACGGGACUCUUUGGAGCGCCAUCGCAGACAUCGCCCUUUGGUAGUACGACAGCUGGAACUAGUACAGCUGGAACUGGAUUUGGUUCAAUGGCUGGAGGAUUUGGCACUACGAGCCAGUCAGGAUCGUCUGGUCUAUUUGGUAAACCCAUCACUAAUUUUGGAACACCAGCAACCACGACCACCAACAGUUUUCCAUUUAAUUCUACACCAACCACAAAUCUGUUUGGUACCAACACUCAGACGAAACCAUUUGGUACAGCUGCCCCGACACCGCUUUUUGGCACCAGCAAUACCAAUCCAGCUACUGGUACAGGUUUUGGCAUCAAUGCUGGCCAGAGCACCGGUUUUGCAUCUGCAUUCGGUUCCACGCAGCCUAAUCAGAGCAUUGGAUUAUUCAAUCAGAACAAGUCUGCUUUUAAUAUCCCAUCGACGUCGACCAGCACUGGUUUUACGGGUUUCGGUCAACCAGCGACAAAUAAUACCACUACGCCGUUAUUUGGUAACAAAACCAGCACUACCGGCUUUGGAACAACGUCCACGUUCGGUGCAACCGCACCUUCCACAUUCGGGACUAACACGGGCUUCAAUUCAGGCUCCAAUACUGGAUCCUCGUUAUUCAAUUCGUCGUUUAAACCAGCUGGACAAACGUCGGGAUUCUCUUUUGGCGCUACAUCGACAUCUUCGACUGGGCUUGGCACAAAUACCGGUUUAAGCUUGGGUGGCGGGUCCUCGUUAUUUGGACAACAAAAACCAGGUAGUUUGUUUGGAAAUACCGGAAGUAACGCAACGUUCAAUAACUCUGGAACAUUCGGAUCUUCCACUUUUGGGACAAACUCCAACAUAAUGUCCGGAACGGGAAUGGGUUUGCUUAAUGGAGGAAUAACAUCAAAUCAAGCUAAAACUAAUGGCUCGGUACCGGUGCACCAGCAAAUCUUGGCUCUUGUCUCCGCACCGUUCGGUGAUUCACCGUUAUUAAAAAAUCUUUUACCGGCGUCUGGAAAGACUGAAGAACUCUUAAAGCCUACGAAUCCAGCAACGAAGGUGCUGAACAGCCCACAGUACAGAGUUACCGCCAGUAAAUCCCCAAAACUCAAGGCACGAGUUGUCAGUUCUGUACAACUAACUAAGAAGUCCUUGUUUGACGGUCUCGAAGAGGAAGACCCUGUAUUGACUGAGGCUUUCCAACCCCGGCCAAGCGCGAAACGCCUGGUACUACGACCAAAAUCGGCGACAAAUUCUUCGAUUCAGUCUCCUGUGGAAAAUGGAGAAUCUGCAACGAGGAAUAGUAUUACCGAUAACAAUAACGAUAAAGCGGAUACGCCGAAUGCAUUGCACAGUAAUAAUAUUGAAGUAAAUAACAAGGAGAAUCACAUCCAAGAUAAUCAAGUUGCAAAUGAUCGACGGUCGUCCGUGUCUUGGUUGAAAUCGACAAUUCCACGAAGGAACAAAAUUCCGGACGAUGAACUGCUCGAGGGACAACGGUCCCCAUUCUCGGGCACAAACGCACCUGAGGAGAUUAAUAAUACAGUGACCGAAUUGCGACCGCAGAAUAACAUAUCCAACACUAAUCAUUCGGAUCAUACGAUUAACUCUAUCGAGGCACAGAACUCUACUCUCGGUGACAAAAGUUCCGUGAAUCUUACCAUGCACAAUACCGAUUCGAGUCAAGAGCCGGGUGAAAACUCGUUCUCCAUGUUACAAUCGAACUGGAACGCGAACUUGGCUAAAGUCGUACUACGACGGGUGGGUUAUUAUACCAUUCCGCCGCUCGAUAAAUUGGACGAUUUUGUUUGCGGCGAGACGUGCAUCGUGCCAAACUUCACCGUCGGCCGCGAAGGAUACGGCAACGUCUACUUUCCGGACUCGUUCGACAUAUAUGGAUUAAAUCUCGAUGAAAUCGUCCACUUUCGACAUAAGGAAGUGAUUAUCUAUCCCGACGAUGAGAAGAAACCACCGGUGGGACAGGGCUUAAACCGAAGAGCGCAAGUCACGUUGGAUAAAGUGUGGCCGCACGACAAGUCGUUGCACGAGCCGAUUACCGAUCCGCAGCGGCUCGCUGCGAUGAAUUACGAAGGAAAGCUGCGGCGAGUGUCCGCGAAACACGACACCCGUUUUCUCGAAUAUCGCCCGGAAACCGGUUCAUGGGUCUUCAAGGUCGAUCAUUUCUCCAAGUACGGUCUCAGCGAUUCCGAUGAAGACGACAGCCAGGUACCGCCAGCUUCGGAAGCGAAGAAGCUGAAGGGCGGGUUUCCCGCCCUCCUGCAAAAAGGAAAGACGAUCGCUCCGACAACGACGAACGCGAAUAAGGAUGCGAUGAACGGAACUAUCGGUGCCGCGGUCGGCGGUGUGAAGAUGGCGAACGGCAAACUUCCGGAGAUGGAAAACAAUUUUUUAGGGGAGACUCCAAUCCGCUUUUCGUACGACGACAACAGUUACGAGGACAGAGACAUGAUCAUCAGUCCGGUCGGCGAAACGCCGAUCGGCCGUUCCAUGUUUACUCCCAGGGACUACAGUUUUGAGAAACCAACUUCUCAGACUAUCAGCCCGAUCGGCGACAAUGCCCGAGUCGCCGGCACCGACAGUCACAAGCUGCAACUUAUGAAGGCCAGCUUUUUCGACAAGAAUGAUGAGGAUAUGGCAGAGGAGAUGAACCACGAUGGAUUUCUCUCGGGGCAGAAAACUCUGGUCCGCUAUUUCCCGGAUGUCACUGGAGCCAAGAGGUAUGAGAUUCCACACAGCGCUCCAACCUUGCGGUCAAGUUUCAUCCUGAAUGAGGGAUCCUUCUGCAUGAAUCAAGACAGCACGCUUUACGCGUUGAGGAAAACGUUGCAGCCGACAUGCAUUAGCGCGAGGAACGAGCAACCGAUGAUCGAAAAGACUGUCUUACCUUCUGCGGUCACUCCGAUCACGAGCGUGCUCAAGUAUCACUACGAGGUCGUGCCGCUAGAAGAAUCGAGAUUGAAAAAGUUGCGGUUUCGCUGCGUCGCCGACACCGCGAUACAAAUGGGCAGGAUGUUUCGUUCGAGCUGGGGCGUCGGCUUAACGUUGUUGUCUCUAAGCACGCAGGAGCAGGCGACCAAGAUGCAACUACGGAACGCGUUCAGUCAAGUAGGCCGUUACGUUUCUGGUCGUCACGUCGGCGACAUCACGUCGACAGCGAUUGUUCAACGCUUGCAGAUUCUGGGCGGCGACGAGGACGACGUGAAAACGUUCACGGACAGCAUAGAACGUCACCUGAGAAUCCAGUUGAAUCACUGCGUGGUAGGUCACGAGGGAGACUGUCCCGUCCUCGACGUCGCGAUCGAUAGCGCGAACGAAGCGCUGCAGUUGCAUUGCUCAUUGGCUCAGGAUCUUGCUGAGAAGGAACAGAGACCGCACGAGAACGUCGACGAUGAACAACCGUAUCACGGUAAUGUUGAACGAUCGUUCUGUCAAUACGCCAGCACUGUGUGGAGAUUAUGCGUGGCCUUGUGGGGGAAGUAUCCCGAUCAGGACACGGCCGACAACGCCAAUGAGGAACAUUACAACGUUAUGAUGAGGAGGGAGGCUAUAGGAGAGUGGCUGAAAAACGUGGUGCAGGAAAUGGUUGAGCGGGAGAUUAGGAAUGUCGACGGCGAGGUGAACAAUUCGCACGAAAAGAUAAUAUUGUCGCUGCUCUCUGCCUGCAAACUGGAGGAAGCUUGUCACGAAGCGCGCAGAGUUGGAGACCACUGUUUGGCGUUACUAAUGGCGCAGCUGCGUAGCGGCAUGCCGGUCAAGGAAUUGAUCAAGCAGCAACUUGCACUGUGGCAGGAGACCGAUGUCGAUGAGAAUCUCACGAUAGAGCGUCUGAAAUUGUUCACGCUGGUGGCGGGCGAGCCGCUCAUCUCCAGCAAACAUGGGACUAUCAACGUGUGCGAGAAUCUAGACUGGAAGCGAGCCUUCGCCGUCCACCUGUGGUACUUGUCGCCGCCAACAUGCUCGAUCACGGACGCUUUGGACCUCUAUGAAGCGUCGUUCAACACAACGGAGACCGAAGUGUACGCGGCGACACCGGAACCCGAGUACAAGGGGAGCGAUUAUGACACUGAAUUGAGUAACGGCAAACGAGUAUACGAUCUCUGCUUCCAUCUGUUGAAACUCUACUGUACGGGAAAUCACGACUUGGGGCAACUUCUAAAUCCACUCUCCUACACUGCUAAUCCCUUGGAUUAUAGACUAAGUUGGUUGAUACAACAAACACUCGUAGCUCUCGGUUAUACGCAUCUCUCCGAUCAUGUCACUGCAUUAACGCACACGAAUUUUGCAACGCAACUGGAAGCACAUGGGCUUUGGCACUGGGCGAUUUUCGUGGUGUUGCACUUACGAGACUCGUCCAGAAGGCGAACCGCAGUACAGGAUCUGCUGUUACGCCACAUAGAGAUAGACGAUACUCCAGAGUAUGCAAAGCGUGAGCAGUUUUUAAAGGAGGAGCUCGGUAUAUCGUCGGUCUGGAUCCAUCAAGCCAAGGCUAUCAAAAGUAGCAUUAAUAAGAGGUAUGGCGAAGCAGCUUGGUAUUACAUCCAAGCAGAACAGUGGACUCAAGCCCACGAAAUUAUUAUAGAAUAUCUGGCGGCUGAUGCUAUAAUAAACGAGAAUUACGAAUAUCUAAAAUCUUUAUUAAGUCCGCUAGUACCGGUCGAAUGUAGCAGCACGAUUAGCGGUUGGGCACACCAAGGACAGCUUUUGUGGGAAUACAUGGAGAUAACUUCGGAAAUUCAAAAUCUGUUAAAAUCCGCUUCGGACUAUCGCGGAAUAACUUAUCAGUUGGAAGCGCUGAAGCCCCGACUGACGAGUCUGUGUCAUAAAAUUGAUCAGUUUCCCUGUCCAACCGCGAAACAUAGAUUAUGCCAGGCUGAAAUUGCGAAGAGGACCUUACACUUGGCCAGAAAUCUGUUGUUACUGCAAAGAAAUGAGAAAACGUCGGUCACGAAAUUGCUUAUUCGCAUGAUAUCGCAGUUACCACUACCGGAAGAUUAUGCGCAGCAAGAGCUACGACCAAUCGUUAACAUGCGUGUAACCGAAGUGAUAUCACAAUGAAUAUAUAAAUAAUGUAACAAUAAGUAUAUACAUACAUAUAUAUAUUUAACAAUACGAAAAAAUACAAUAAGUUUUCAAUUAUGUAGUAGCUUUAGUAACUUUCAUGUUUUUAAUGCAACAAGAAGUCGUGUUUCUGCUUUUCUUUUCACAUACAAUUGUUACAUAUUGCACACAACAACAGUUACCUAAUUCCAUGAAUGCAAAACGAGCGUUAAAUAUUUAUUUCUGGAUUUUUUAACGAAUACAGAUAGCUAAUAUAACAUGUACAGCGGAUUAUGACGGUGAUGAAUCACGACACGAUUUACACGAUAUCGAAGAGUGAAAAUUGCAAAUGAACGCUUAGCAAAAUACAUUGAAAUGCAUUAAAUGUGUAAUACACUGUUCGAAUUUUUCUUACAUUUUUAUCAAUUCACACAAGGUCAAGGAUGGUGCCGUCGUAAAUGACGGUAGCCAUGUGUAAACGCAUAAUAUAAAUAUAAUGAACCGCGAUCGGGAAAGAGGAGGGAGAGGGGGGGCAGAGAGAGAGAGAGAAUAUACAUGGAAAAUCUGUACUCGUCUAUCAACUAGCUCUUAUUUUUUUACAAUCACUCAAUCAGGCAUGAUAAUUACAUUGCGCACAUUAUGAAAUGUUUUCACAUGAGAUUCAAUUCCGUUAUAUGUGCGAGAGUGUCGUUCUAUAUUAUGUGACAUAUGCAUCGUGUAAUAUGUAAAUAUAAAAUGGUGCAUUAUCUGUUUCCGCAUUCGGUUGGGUGCGCGUGUAUGUGGGCGCGCGUGCGCGUUGUGUGUGUGUGUGUGCGCCUUUUUCGAAUUUUUCAUAUCUUUUUAAGUACAUUUUCAUUUAAAUAAUAUUUUAGAUAAAAGCCGCUAGCGUACUAUUACUGUAACGAUGUAAACGAAUGUAAAUUGUUUUCUGAUAUACAUAUAGUAUAUAUACAUAUAUAUAUAAUAGAGUUAUACAUUAAGUUACAUUAGUAAUAUUUGAAAAAAAAACGUAUUUUGAAGGUUUUUGAAAGCAAUGCUGUGCGCACGUGUGAUAGAUUUUUCUAUUGUUGGCGGGACGAAUGCUUUUAACGCAAGGAUGAAAAUCACGCAGUGUAUAAUUACGGAGGAUGUGGUCAAAAAAAGUAACAUGUAAGGAAUAUUUGUAUAAAUAAGAUUAAGUUUCCACUCUUUUAAGGUUGAAAUAAAUAAAUGAAUAAGUAAUUAUAUUUACAUAGUUUCUGUGCGCACAUUGUAGAUAACAGAAAUAUUAAUUAAGCAAAAGCAUUCCACGUACAUACACACACGCGCGUAUGUGCGCGCACACACAUAAAAUUAUACUAUAAAUCUUGUACUUGUCUGUUUUCAACUCUACAAUUUAGAAAUAAUUUUGAUCCUGUAUGUUUCUUGAUGAAUUUAUGACAUAAAAUUAUUACAUAAUUUUUAUAUUA